ACAGGGAAGCGCACAUUUCAGCUGAGAUAACUCACAAUCUGCACUCGUUCGCUGGAGGCGCCCUUUUGGCCGGUACGGUACCUGCUGCUUUUGCUUCUCGGGGAGGGCUUGAAGCCGGCACGCUCGUACAUCGGGCCCGCCUUCUCUGGGGGACAAAGCGUGAAUCAUCCCCGCUAGCAGAGCUUAGUCAGGGCGGGUGGUAGAGAAAUCGCCGGAAAGACAAGCUUUUCUUUGGCCUCUCUCUGAAAUCUGGAAGUGAAGCUUGGGGAGGGAGGCGGAAGCGCGCUUUCCUCGCUUCUGGGAGCAAGAAACUCGGCCCCAGGCAGGCAGAUAGGGAGAAGGUCCUCCCUGAUCAACCCCGGACGGUCCUAGCCCGGGUUUCCACCCCCUCCCAGCGCGCGGCUGAUGUGCACGAAGAUGGAGCAGCCUUUCUAUCCUGAUUCCUUUCUCUCCGGCUACGGGCAGGACUACAAGACGUUGAAGUCGGGCAUGGCUCUGAACUUGUCGGCCGAGCCGUUCCGGGGCCUGAAGUCCCAGCUUCCUCACCACCUCCGCGGCCAAGAGGAUGGCCCCACCGGCUACUUUCCGGGCUCGCUUCAACAACAACAGGCCGAGACCGGGAGCUCCUCGCUCAAACUGGCUGCCCCGGAGCUGGAGCGCCUCAUCGUCCAGAACAGCAACGGUGUGAUCACCACCACUCCCACGCCACCGGGCCAGUACUACUACCCGCGGGGGGCCACCGAGGAGCAGGAGGGCUUCGCCGACGGCUUCGUUAAGGCGCUCGACGAUCUGCAUAAGAUGAACCACAUGCCGCCUCCCAAUGUCUCGAUCGGGGCGGUGGCGGCAGCGGCAGCGGCGGCAGCGGCUUCCUCGGCCAGCAGCGGCUAUGGUACUUCUCUCCCCCAAGAGCCGCCUCCCGUCUACACCAACCUGACCAGCUACAACCCCGCCGGCUCCCUGAGUAGCUCGUCCAACUACCCCAGUGCCAAUCUCAGCUAUAUGCCUCAGCCUCACGGCUUGGCCUUGCCUCACGCUGCGCGAGGCUUCAAAGAGGAGCCCCAGACUGUGCCGGAUGUGCAAAGCCCGCCUGUGUCUCCCAUCAACAUGGAAGAUCAGGAGCGCAUCAAGGUGGAGAGGAAGCGGCUGCGCAACCGCCUGGCCGCCACCAAGUGCAGGAAGAGGAAGCUUGAGCGCAUCGCUCGGCUGGAGGAGAAGGUGAAGACUUUGAAGAGCGAGAACGCGGGACUGUCCAAUACGGCCAGCGCGCUGAGGGACCAGGUAGCGCAGCUAAAGCAGAAAGUCAUGAACCACGUGAACAACGGCUGCCAGCUCCUCUUGACGGCCAAGAUGCAACAGUCCUUCUGAUUGGGGGGACGGCAAGGCGAUCCCUGCUGUCUCAAAGACCUGGAGGGGGUGGGGUGGGCGUGCUGAAAAGUGGGCUUGUAACGUAAAAGUUUACACGGAACUGGACUGACAAGCCGAGUUCCCAACUCUUCUGUUCUGAAGUCCUGUUUUCCAAGUUUAUACGCCUGUGACUCUCAGUCUGGUGGAUCCAGAACUCCGAUCUGUGCUGAGUGUGUAAGAGGUUUUUAUAUCUGUAUGUGUGAGUGAUUUUUUGUGUGAGUGUAUUUAAAAGCAAAAGCCUUUUUCUCUGCUGCAUCGCUGGCUGGUGCAGCGGAACUGGAGGUACUCUGGACAGAGCCAAAAACUGGCCUUCUGAUCUCUUCCUUGUGCCAGUAGAAAAGGAGAUGAUCACUUAAUUUAUAAUUGAAACAAAAGGGACCAGAACAGAGGUUGGCAGAGAAGGGAUGAAAUCUCAUCACCUCUCCUCCUCCGGAGAGCCCACUGCAUGGACAAAAGGGUCACUGUGGAGGGGGAAGAGGGUUGUUUACUACUUGUGCUCUUAAUUUCUUUUGAGUCCUCAAAUUCAGUUUUUUUUUUUUGCAAAAGAUUGUAUUUGUGUUUUUGACUUUUUAUUGAAGCUAUUUAAGUAAACAUGUUCUAACCUUUA